AUGUACGGCUUCCAUAAAAUCAACAGGACACCCCGGGCCCAACGUACCUCCACGGAUGCCCAGACUUGGGAAUUCUCCCAUCUGAAGUUCCUUCGAAAUCGCCCAGACUUACUGGACGAGAUUAAGCGCAAAGCCCUUGAACCUGAUCCAGCCGUCAAGCAUCGUGUUGAACUGCCUGGCGAAGUUGCAGCCCAACUCGGCGCCAUGCGUGAUGAAAACCGCCGAGUAUGGGAACAACUCAAUAUUGAGCGUAGGCGUACCGAAAGGCUUGUCAAUGUAGUUGCUCGUUUGUGGGAUGUAGCGAGUAAAGGAUUUCCUGGCAGCGUGCCGCCUUUCCCUAACGAUCUUCUCGACUCUGCUGAUAACCCAGACAUCUAUGUUACAUCGCCGGCACCUGGCGCUUCCCGCUACCCACCCCCGCUGACCAUGAAUAUGGGGAAUCCACCAAUGCAUUCCAUGCACCACAAUCUCAGUUCACCGAACUCCAGCCCAACAAACUCUGAAUCCCCUUCACAUGUUCAUCAAAGCCAACAACGACCUCAGUCUCUCUCUAGGCAGCAUAGCUUUCAGCACGUCUCUUUCUCGCGAGGCGAUGGGGCCAACUCUCCAGGAUCCAUAUCUAUGGAACUUUAUGAUAACAGCGACGUGGGGGAUGUCGGACGCAUCAGCACGAAAAGACAACGGAUGGCGGUCGAUGACAGCGGACUCGUCACAUCCAGUGGGGGAGAUCCUCUUUCGAGCCUCUCGACGUCAAAUGGAAGUAACGUUGCUGUUAAGAAGUCCUCUAGAGCCCGGAGUGACUCGGCACCUCUGGGCUACGGCCUUAACUCGUGGCAAGGCACCACAAGGCCCCGCAGUGGCAGCAAUCUGUCUGGCCAGCGUGGGGUUCCCAAUAUAGGUAACUUCACAAGGGGGAACACUACUCCCUUGCUGUCGAUGGCCUCCAGCACCAAUCCUCCUCGAUAG